AUGGCAUCCUCAUCGUCCAAUGUGGUUGGCGUCCACUAUAGGGUCGGGAAAAAAAUCGGCGAGGGUUCGUUUGGUGUUAUUUUCGAGGGUACAAAUCUCCUGAACAACCAACAGGUGGCGAUCAAGUUUGAACCCCGGAAGAGUGAUGCCCCACAGCUUCGCGAUGAAUACCGGACAUACAAGAUUCUAGUUGGGUGCCCGGGCAUCCCCAACGUUUACUACUUCGGCCAGGAGGGUCUGCACAAUAUUCUAGUUAUUGACUUGCUGGGUCCUAGUCUGGAGGACCUCUUCGACCACUGCAAUCGGCGGUUCUCUAUCAAGACCGUCGUCAUGGUGGCCAAGCAGAUGCUUUCUCGAGUCCAAACGAUCCACGAGAAGAACCUGAUUUACCGUGACAUCAAACCCGACAAUUUCCUCAUCGGUCGUCCCAAUACGAAGGCGGCCAAUGUGAUCCAUGUAGUCGACUUUGGAAUGGCCAAGCAGUAUCGGGAUCCCAAGACCAAACAACACAUCCCCUAUCGUGAGCGUAAGUCGCUGUCCGGUACAGCACGCUACAUGAGUAUAAAUACGCAUUUGGGACGAGAGCAGUCACGUCGUGAUGACCUGGAGGCUUUGGGCCAUGUAUUCAUGUAUUUCCUACGAGGCGGUCUUCCGUGGCAAGGAUUAAAGGCUGCAACCAACAAGCAAAAGUAUGAGAAAAUCGGGGAAAAGAAACAGACGACUGCCAUCAAGGACUUGUGCGAUGGAUAUCCAGAAGAAUUUACGAAGUACUUAACUUAUGUCCGUAACCUCGGUUUUGAAGACACCCCCGACUACGACUAUUUGAGGGAUCUUCUCACGCAGGCCCUAAAGAAUGCCGGAGAUGUCGAAGAUGGCGAGUAUGACUGGAUGAAACUCAACAAUGGAAGGGGCUGGGAAUAUAAGUCCUAUUCGUCUCAACAGCACCUGCACAACAACGGACUUCCCAAUUCGUCUGCCCGGGAGCUCCAUGGGCAGCAGCUUCGCGGCAGUCAGAGACCUGGUGUGACGGCAGACCGUUUAAACGCCGCGCAGCCCCCGCCUCCUUCUCCAGCAAAAGCUGGAGCUGGGAAGACGCGCGAGCGACCAAACGUCGCCGGCGGGAUACCAGGCAAGCGCCAGAGCGGGGGACUGGAAACAACGCCAACGGCGUCGACGCUGGCCCAGUUCCAGAAUUCAAGCGCAAACAUUCCGGGUCGCAUAAAUAGCCCUGCCAACCCGACAAGAAAUAGCCAACAAGCUCAAGGCAACAGCAACGAGCCGCAGCCCACUUUCGUUCAGAAGGUGAUGAAAGCGCUAUGCUGCGGUUGA